UUUUAGGCAUUUACUAGCUUCAGUAAUAUCUGGACGUAGGCACGAGUUCGCUACGAUCCUGGGUCACGUGCCCACGCGAAAAAAGAGGAGGGACGUGCUUGACUCGUUGCCUGCGUCACUUGUCCGUCUCAUCAAUUACCCGUCAAUUUUGACGUCUUUCUUUUUAUAAGCAGCGAACGUUAAACGAGCAUCUAAAGAGGGAAUAAAAACAGAGGAAUUUGGCCAACAUUUUUGUAUUUAAGUAGAUUUUGAUGGUCUGAAAAUUAGUCAACUACUAUGGCCAGUCCACGAACGCGACGUAUCAUUCGAGACAUUCGAGAUGUUCCUGGAAAUAACAUCUGCUUUGAAUGUGGCGCUAGUAAUCCUCAGUGGGCCAGUGUAACGUAUGGAAUUUGGCUGUGUUUGGAUUGUUCUGGUUUGCAUCGUGGUUUGGGUGUACACGUGAGUUUUGUGCGAUCUACAACAAUGGAUAAGUGGAAAGAUAGUGAGCUGAGCAAGAUGAAAGCUGGAGGCAACGCAAAAGCAUUAGAAUUUUUGAAAAGUCAGUCAGAUUACCGAUCAAACUGGUCACUUCAAGAAAGAUAUAAUUCGAGAGCUGCUGCUCUUUUAAGAGAUAAGGUAUUAACAGAAUCAGAAGACCGUGAAUGGUCAGCCGAAACGUCGCCAGCAAGAAAUUAUAUCCCUAACACUUCAUUAAAUCCAUCUCAUUCUCAAAUCAGUGGAAACAACAGUUCGAAUAAUUUAUCAGCUUAUUAUGGAAGCAACACAACUCAAACUGGCAACAAUUCAUACUAUUCCGAUUAUGAUAACUCUAGAAGUCGGUAUCAAGGUUUUGGCAAUGUUCUGGUGAACAGUGGUGAUCCACCCAGUGAAUUACUGUCUGGUGCUUUGUCAUCUCUUUCUGUGGGUUGGAAUAUGCUAAGUAAAGGGGCAACAACCGCUGCUUUAUAUGCCAAAGAUAUCAGCUCACAAGCAACAACGAAAGCUACCGAACUUAGUGGAAGUGUCCGAGAUGGGACAUUGUUGAAUAAACCAACUUUGGGAAGCUUAGCGCAGAAAGCCACGGAAAUAGGAUCCAAAUCAUGGAUGGGAAUUUCAAAUUUUAUCAGAAGUCCAUCCUUGCAAGGUUUUAUUGUGGCAGGAAAAAGUGAUUAUGAAGACUUAGCUACACCAGGCAAUCAGGAGAUUAGAUUAUAUGAGCAACAGGCAAGCAGUUACCAAACAUACAGAAAUAAUUCAAUUGAAUGUGACCCUCCAGCACCUUCAGUAAUAUCCGAUUUCGUCAACUACAGCACUUCGGUUCAGCUGACUUCGGCAACGAAUCCAAGGCAAUUUAACAACAAGAUAACAACAAGGGUUAAAAAAGAG